AUGCGGCUCGCGUCGCGCGCGAUCGAUCGCGUUCCGAGCGCGUCGCCGCGCCGCGCGCGCGCGACGCGUCGACGCCGCGCGCCGCGCGCCGGUCUCUUCGGCUUUGGCGAUGCGACGCGAAGCGAAUCGGCGAAGACGAAGGCGAAGACGAAGACGACGAUCCUGGGCGACGCGGCGUCGAGCGUCGACGUGAAAGAUGCGUACGAGUUCGGCGCCGAGCUCGGACGCGGACAAUUCGGCGAGGUGCGCGCGGUGACGGACAAGGAGAGCGGACGCGCGCUCGCGUGCAAAUCCAUCAGCAAGCGAGGACUCUCGAGCGAACGGUCGAAAGAGAUGGUGCGGAACGAAGUAAAAAUCAUGCAUCACUUGAAUGGGAACGCGAAGGUCGUUGAACUCGUCGCGACGCACGAGGAUGCGACGCACGUGCACUUGGUGAUGGAAAAAUUGGACGGCGACGAGUGGUUCGACGCGAUGGCGGAGCAGUUUGAGACGGCGCCCUAUAGCGAAGCCGAAGCCGCGGCGCAGUUUCGAAAUGUGGCGCACACGGUGGAGUACUGUCAUAUAAUGGACGUCAUGCAUCGCGACUUGAAGCCGGAGAAUUUCGUGUUGAAGAGCGGCGCGAAGGAUUCGCCCGUGUGCGCCAUCGAUUUCGGGCUGUCGACGUUUGCGACGCGAGACCAAGUGUUCACCGACUUCGUGGGCUCCCCGUAUUACGUCGCUCCAGAAGUCAUGGCUUACAAGUACUCCAACGGAGCCGAUGUGUGGUCGUGUGGCGUUAUUUUAUACAUUCUACUCUCCGGCGUGCCGCCGUUUUGGGGAUCGAGCGAGAAGCAAGUGUUCGACGCCAUCAAGCGAUAUAAGACGGGCGCCGAGCCGCUCGAUUUGGUGAGCGAGCCGUGGCCGUCAGUCAGCGAUGCGGCGAAAGAGCUCAUACAAGGCAUGCUCACGGUGGAUCCGACGAAGCGCAUGACGAUCGAAGACGUACUCCAGCAUCCCUGGCUGGCCGAUCCGAGCGUCGCUCCAAAGACGGCGCUCGACAACAUCGUCUACAAGCGCUUCAAAAACUUCGCCGCCAUGAGCAAGUUCAAGAAGCUGGGGCUGCACGCCAUGGCGCGCGCGAUGCCCGCGGAAGAGAUCGCUGGACUGAGCGUCAUGUUCAAGGAGCUGGACAAGGAUAAAUCGGGAACUGUUUCCAUCGAUGAGUUACGAGAAGGAUUAAAGCUCCAAUCCUCCGACGCCGCGGCGGAGCUCGAAGAGAUCUUCAAAGUAGUCGAUCUCGACGGCACCGGCGAAAUUCACUGGGAGGAGUUCAUCGUCGCCACUCUCGCGCGGUCGAAGCGUGAAUCUAAAGCCGCGAUCCAGCGCGCGUUUGAUUACUUCGACACCGACCACGACGGUUCCAUCACCGCCGAGGAAUUCCAAAGCGCGCUCGACACGAUGUCCCCCGUCGAGCGUGCGAAUCUCGGCGACGUCACCGAGCUCAUCGCCACCGCUGACGCCAACGGCGACGGCGUCAUCGACUUUGAAGAGUUCAUGACCGCGAUGUCCGCCGACUCUAGCGCCCGGUGACCCCUCGCGACCGUGUAAUCGCAUCGCCCGAGCCUCGCGUCCCGCCGUCCUCGCGCUCAGAGCGGCACGUCGUCGAUCGCGCGUAACUCGAACGCUUUCAACGCGCACGUCGCGCGCGCGUCCAUCCUUCGCGUCGCGGCGUCGACAUCGCGCGCCGUCGUCGCGCUCGGUAGCUCGCGCUGUGUCUCGCGCAGCUCGCGGCGCAGCGCGUCGGCGGUCGCGGUC